UGGGAACACCCUGACUUCUCUCUGUCCCUAUGCAGCAAAACAGCUCCACAGCCCCCACAACCCAGCCAAAGGCCCCUCCUUCCAGGGCUUCCACAUCAGGACCAGUCUCAGCAGGCAAAGCAGCCCCCAAGGGUACAUCUACCAGGGCCCAACAACAGCUGGCCUUCCUGGAGGGCCGUAAGAAACAGCUCCUGCAGGCUGCGCUGCAUGCCAAGCAAAAGAAUGAUGUGGAGGGCGCCAAGAUGCACCUGCGCCAGGCCAAGGGGCUAGAGCCCAUGCUGGAGGCCUCACGAAAUGGGCUGCCUGUGGACAUUACCAAGGUGAGCCCUCCAGACCCAGGCAGACUGCCCCUUAUUACCCAUGUGACCUGGAGUAUAUUG